UCAUCAUUUAUUUCAGGCCGUGGCAUGAGGUCUCGGAGCUGCUGUUCUCGAGAGUACGAACAUCCGGCAUGGCGGCUUACAGAGAUGUGUUGACACAACAUUUUCCCAGCAUCGAUCGAGAAAUUUCAGACUAUGUCUCGAGUAUAUUGGAAGAUGGAGGAGACGACUUUGGGACGAGUGAAGAUCUUUUUGAUGCUAUUGGCAUGCUUUUGCAGCAGGCAGACGAUAGUAAGACGGAAGAUGAGAUCAAAAUUAUAUGCAGCUGUCUCCAUUCAUCAAUGAAUUUUCAGGAUGAUGAUGUUCCAAAAGUAAUCAAUGGUGUACGUAAAGUGCUUGAUGCACCUGUACACCUUGCCUCACUGGCACAGGUGAUGGAUACAAAAGUGGAGGAGGACAACAGCAUAUGGAUGAAACGUCGCGACAUGGGCUCAACAGUGAAUCAAAAGAAACUGGAGAAGGCAGAAGCCAAAAUCCAAAAAAAACAAGGAAAGCGUUCAGAUGCCCCUCCGAAGGAAAAGAACAUUAUCCAAGAGUUAGCAUCAGCCUCCCAACAGAUCAACAAACGAGAUGCACGUUUGGAUGCAUCAGGCACCAGCCGAUCGUUAGACAUCAAAAUUGAAAACUUUGAUAUCGCCUUUGGGGACAAGACACUUUUGACUGGAGCAAACAUCCAUCUAGUCUGUGGUCGGCGUUAUGGCUUGAUUGGCCGCAAUGGACUUGGAAAAACAACUCUUCUGAAGCUUAUAUCAAGCCGACAUUUAAAGAUCCCAUCACACAUCUCAGUGCUGCAUGUGGAGCAGGAAGUCACAGGGGAUGAUACUGUGGCAUUGCAGAGCGUUCUAGAAUGUGAUGAAAAAAGAGAGAGUCUCUUAGCAGAAGAGAAAGCACUCAACCAGAAGCUCCACUCCUCGAGUCCUGAAGGUGACCUAUCAGAAAGGCUACAAAAGGUCUAUCAAGAGCUGGAGGCAAUGGAAUCCGACAAAGCUCCUUCUAAGGCAGCUCAAAUACUCAAUGGACUUGGCUUUUCACCCAAAGACCAACAGCGACCAACAAGGGAGUUUUCAGGAGGUUGGCGAAUGCGACUGGCACUGGCACGGGCGUUGUUUACAAGGCCUGAUUUAUUGCUGUUAGAUGAGCCGACAAACAUGUUGGAUAUGAAGGCCAUCAUAUGGUUGGAAAACUACUUGCAGGACUGGCCUAAAACCAUACUAGUUGUCUCCCAUGACCGUCAGUUUCUAAACUCUGUGGCAACAGACAUCUUGCAUCUCCAUUCUCAGCGCUUAGAUGUAUAUCGUGGCAAUUACGAGGUCUUCUACAAGACCAGAGAGGAGAAGACGAAGAACCAAAUGAAAGAAUAUGAGGCACAGAAACAAUACCGUGAACAUAUACAGGUGUUUAUAGAUAGAUUUCGUUACAAUGCCAAUAGAGCAUCACAAGUACAGAGUAAGCUGAAGCUCCUGGAAAAAUUGCCGGAGCUGAAACCAAUUGAAAAAGAGACAGAGGUAGUUUUGAGGUUUCCAGAGUGUGAAAAGCUUUCUCCCCCUAUUCUCCAACUGGAUGAAGUGACGUUUUACUACACAACGGAAAAGGUCAUCUUCUCCAAUGUGUGCCUCAAUGCAAACAUGACCUCCAGGAUCUGUAUUGUGGGAGAGAACGGAGCAGGCAAAACAACUCUGCUGAAAUUACUGCUUGGAGAACUCUCACCAGUGAAGGGUAUUCGUCAUGCCCACCGUAACUUGCGCAUUGGCUACUUCACCCAGCAUCAUGUAGAUCAGCUGGACAUGAAUGUUUCAUCUGUUGAGCUUAUGGCCAGCAAGUUUCCAGGUUUGUCAGCAGAAACAUAUCGUGGGCAACUUGGGAAGUUUGGGGUGAGUGGAGACCUCUCCUUGCGACCUGUGGUGAGUUUGUCAGGAGGCCAGAAAAGCAGAGUUGCAUUUGCCGUGAUGAGUGCUGCAAACCCAAAUUUUUUUGUUCUUGAUGAGCCCACUAACCACCUGGAUAUGGAGACUAUUGAGGCCCUAGGGGAGGCUUUGAGAAUAUUUGAGGGAGGUGUCGUUUUGGUAUCUCACGAUGAGCGACUGAUCCGUAAGAUCUGCAGUGAACUUUGGGUUGUCAGUCAGGGGUCGGUGCGAUCUCUUGAAGGUGGCAUUGAUGAAUACAAGGCUCUUGUUCAAGCAGAGCUGGACUUAAGCUAGCCUUGCCAUGGCCACUUUCAGGAAGACUUAAUUUGUGCAAAGCUAUAGUCCACAAAGCUUGUUUUAGUUAGCUGCAUGCUGGGAGUCUAAAUGCCAUCUGUGCAGCAAUGAAAAUAAGAUUGUCUGAUGCCUUGAAGAGUGAUUGUUAAAGAUAUGUUGAAGAAUGUGCAAAAAUAAUGAGAGAAUUGGUGGUUGCAUUUAUUGUUAAGAGUGGGUCACAGGCUAAGUUUGAAAUAAAGAGAUCCAUGGCAUACGCUGAAAGUGUACAUCAUUGUUCCCAUCCCUGUGUUCUAAAACUUCUGCUGUGGUUCUCUUCAGUAUGUUAAUCAUGAAAUGAUCCUAAAAUGCCUUGAUUAUUUUUUUGCUUGAGAAAGAAAAAGAUGCCCUUAUUCACACAGCAUCUCUGGCAAUAGUAUGUUCUCCAACUACAACUGGAUAUUCUCCCUUAUUUAAAACAUAAAUUCUGCUGUGUGAUUGUGAGCAUAUGAUUCGCAAAGUUGCCCUUUAUAUAUAGUUACAUCAGUUUUUUUUUAUGAAUCUCUAACUUAACACUUGUCCUUUUUUUCCCCGAAACAUUUUUGUUUUUUUAGUUAUUUAAUUUUUUUUAUUUUGUUUUUUUCUUUUUUUUUUUUUAAUCUGAUGUGGUAAAUUCUGUAAUCUUCUAGUGGUUAAAGCAUGUUAAUGCAUGGGGAGUGCCUGUCUCUGUGCUCCAAAAACACUACAUGAUAAUUAAGGUAACAACUUUAAGCAUGACAUCUGUAGGUGAACAUACUAAUUCACUUAUACUGGCUCUGAGUGAACAAGGCCUGCUGCAGAUUCAACCUAUGGAAAAAUAGUCCUGAGUCUGUUAGCUUCCAGACAUGAUAAUAAAUUUUAUCUAUUGGCUUCAGAUUCCAGUGCUUGUGUUCCCCCCCGGGAAAGUUGUAAAAUGGUCGCAUCCAAAUAUUUGUUGUUAUUUAGGCUGAUAAAUUUUGCUAGCUUUCAACCAUGAUUAAAUUCUUCAGUUUAGUGGGUGUGGGCUUUUUUUUAUUCUUGAAUAUAAUCAUUUAACACACUGGUUUUAUCUAUCGUCAUCUAAUAUCAGCUUCGAGUCAGCAACAUUUUAGGCCUGUUCCGCUUUUUGGAUGCAAACACCGGUUUGUCACUUUCCCAUGGAUGUUUUCCAAGUUCUCGACUUAGGACAAUAAGUAGCUAACCCCAAGGGACGCAAUUCUAUUUACUAGAGUUGUGUCCCUUGCACCACUUCUAGCUGUGGACUGACGUUCUGCUGAAAGUCAUCAAAAGUGCAUGAACUUCCGGAUAAAGUCACAGCUCUCGUUAUUUGCCAAGCCAUUAUUUUGACAGACGGUUCUAAAGUUGACAAAAAAGUUCGGACUCUGGGUGGUUUGUUUUUUUUUUUUUCAAGAUGAUGCCCAUGCGUGCUUUGCAUACCUUGUGUGGCGUUUGCUGAUGCGUGAGCGUGUAGAAUGAGGACUGCGACAGAUGCUUCAGCUGGUCUGUUAGUAAUGUUGGAAAGAUACCGAAAGUGGCAUUAAAUAAUCUGAAUGUAACAUCUGAUAUACGUUUUUUUGAUAUGGUUUUUCUUGUUUCUGUUUUAGUAUUUUUGUUUCGCUUGUGAAGCCGCAUAAAUGAGCAAAAUGA